AUGUGGCUGGAUCAUUCCUCUGGCCACUUGACACCUAGUGGAUCACCUCCACCUCAGAAUAGGAAUCAUUCCCCUGCUCCUAAACGGAGUUUGCAUCUCGCUCCUAGCCGAAGAUCUGGACUGGGACUGAUUGCAGGCAGUUCCUCGUUAUCGCUUGGCUUCAGCUCGAAUGGCUCAAACGUCUCUUUACCAAGGACAUCGCGUAUGUCCAACGGGCCUUCUCUACACCAAGAGCAUAAGCCCUCUCCUAAUAUGCCAGAUCCGUUGAAUCUCCUACGAAGCAUACUCGGCAUCUCUUCCACCAAGAAAGGGGUACAGGACGGAAACGAGGAGCAAAGUUUAACAAGAAAACCGGAAGAUUUCAAAAUAGACAUUGACUUUGGGAACCUCAGUCUCGAAGAUUAUGCCGAAGAAGAGGAGGCAGAAAUCAAAUUAGUGUCCACUCUUGGCCAUCUGGAGCAUAGCUCUGCUGAUGAACUUGAGAGGUAUAAAGGCCUUCAUGAUGCGAUUGAAGACUGCGACAAAGUCUUGAAGUCUGUCGAGUCAUAUCUGACCAAUUUUCAGAAUGAGUUGGGGACUGUGUCAGCUGAGAUUGAGAGUCUUCAAACCAGGUCAACACAACUCAAUGCCAAGCUCGAAAAUAGGAGGAAGGUUGAAAAACUGCUUGGACCUGCAGUGGAAGAGAUCAGCAUUUCACCACUUACAGUUCGAACUAUAUCCGAAAGCCCUGUAGAUGAUAACUGGAUCCGAGCUCUUAAAGAGCUGGAGUCUCGGUCAACCACGAUAGCGAAGAAAACGUCUGGCUCUGUCAAGGCCAUUGAGGACGUCAUACCGCUUCUAGACAACCUCAAAGCGAAGGCUGUGGAGCGAAUACGCGACUUUAUUGUCGCCCAAAUCAAAGCAUUGAGAUCACCCAACAUCAAUGCACAGAUCAUACAACAACAAACACUUAUCAAGUACAAAGACUUGUACUCGUUUUUGGCGAGACAUAGCUCUGUUCUAGCUGAAGAAAUCGGCCAAGCAUAUAUCAACACAAUGAAGUGGUACUACACCAGCAAUUUCACACGCUACCAACAAGCGUUGGAAAAGCUCUCGGUUCAUAUAAUUGAUCAAAGUGAAGUCCUUGGAUCAGAAUCCUCAUCAGCACGCCGCAAUUUACUCGCGUCUCCCAAGGGUCCUCCUCCCCAGCACGACGCUUUUAAUCUAGGCAGAAGACCAGAUAUUCUCAGAACAAAAGCUAGCAAUGCAAUAGCAGCGUGUCUUACCGACGAGGACAAGACUCGCUGCUACUUAGAAACGCCGUUCUACAACUUCAACCUUGCAUUGAUUGACAAUGUGUGCUCAGAGUACUCCGUGUUCACAGAAUUGUUCUCUAUGAAGAGUUAUCACCAGGUGUCUCGCAAAGUGACUGAAAUCUUCGAGCCAUCGUUCGCACUCGGGCAUGGAAUGACCAAGCAGCUCAUUGAGAACAACACAGAUUGUUUCGGUGUUUUGCUUUGCGUCCGGAUCAAUCAAUACUUUGCGUUCGAGUUACAAAGACGCAAGGUUCCCCUAGCAGACUCAUACAUCAACGGCAUGAACAUGCUUCUGUGGCCACGCUUUCAGAUAAUCAUGGAUCAGCAUUGCGAGUCACUGAAGAAAGUGAUCUCCCCCAACAAUCGAGGCGCAGUCGCGGCAUUCUCCCUGGUCGGGAAUGAUGCUUCGAAGACGUCUGUGGCACCUCAUCCAGUGACUCAAAAGUUUGGACAAUUUCUGCAUGGCAUACUUGCGCUCAGUAGUGAUGCAAGCGAUAAUGAGCCUGUAUCCAAUAGUCUGGGAAGAUUGAGGAGUGAAUAUGAGGCUUUGAUGACCAGGCUGGCAAAGGGGGCUGGAGACGCGUCCAAGAGGAGUCGAUUUUUGUACUAUAAUUACAGUCUUGUAUUGACGAUAAUCAGUGAUACCCAGGGAAAGCUCGCGGAGGAGCAGAAGGCGCAUUUUGACCAAUUGGUGAUUGGUGCGGGAGCCGUAGGUCUUGCAAUUGCUCGGCGGCUUGCUGCACAAGAAGGCACUUCAACCAUUCUCAUUGAGCGACAUGGCUCUGUUGGGACGGAGACAAGCAGUAGGAACUCGGAGGUCAUACAUGCUGGUCUCUAUUAUGGCCAUGGAUCACUCAAGACCAAGUUGUGCCUCAAAGGCAAGAAUAUGAUGUACGAGCUCUGUUCGAAGCAAGGCAUACCUCAUCGAAAUACCAAGAAAUGGAUCAUCGCGCAAGACGACCAGCAGAUGAGCGAACUACACAGAGUUCAUGAAUUCGCAACCUCAAUUGACGUUCCCACGAGAUUCCUUACCCGAGAGUACAUCACCCAACGCGAACCUGAUGUCCGAGCCGAGGCCGGUGUGCUCGAAAGCGAGUCAACAGGAAUCGUCGACAGUCAUUCCUUCAUGUCGUACCUUGAAGGCGAUUUCCUAGAAAAAGGUGGUGAUUGCGCUUUUCAUACCGCGGUCACAAGGAUAGAGCCGAUAGACAGCGGAAAGGGGGGUUACAAGAUCUACACAGGGAAUGCGGAUGGCGGUGAAGACUCUAUAGAAGUUGAAACCCUUAUCAACAGUGCUGGACUUUUUGCAUGCGCUAUCAAUAAUAUGGUGUUGCCAAAGGAACGACAUCGAAAAGCAUACUAUGCAAAGGGAAGCUACUAUUCAUACUCGGCAAGUCAUCCAAAACCGAAGACGUUGUUAUAUCCUGCUCCUGUCCCUGGAUUUGGUGGUCUUGGAACCCAUCUCACCCUGGACAUGACUGGACGCGUACGAUUCGGUCCAGAUGUUGAAUGGAUAGAUGACCCAAACGACCUGAAACCAAAUCCGAGUCGCCUCACAGAAGCCAUUGAUAUGAUACAGACAUAUCUUCCUUCCGUAAAGCGAGAUGCAAUUGACCUAGAUUACUGUGGCAUAAGGCCGAAAAUUGGAAAGUCAGGUGCCACCGCUGGCAAGAAUUUUCAAGACUUCAUCAUCCAGGAAGAGGAUGGUUUUCCCGGAUUCAUCAAUCUUCUGGCCAUCGAAAGUCCGGGACUAACAAGCAGUUUGGCCAUUGGUGAGAUGGUGGAAGAUUUACUGUACAGAUAA